CUCCACCCUUAAAUCACCAACCCCAUUUCGCCGAUCUUUACUCCAGUCUCGACAGUUGCAAGCUGAGUUUGAUCAGCUUAUUCUCAAUUGUAGACGUGCAGAUUGUAUUCAAGCAUCUCCUUCAACAUCUAUUCACUGAUAACGUCGAGACAAGGAGGCGUGGUGUUGAUAGCAGGGGUUUAACAGAUCGCCAGCCCCACUCUCUGUCGUCGGAUUGGAAUUCAGGAGCGGAGUUUCUGUGAUCCAGUGAUGGAAUUCAGAAUCUCAGGAUGUGUCCAAUCAGUAAUGCUGCUGCUGUGCUUGAGCAUGGUGGCUGCCGCUGCCUCUCAGUCCAUCGCUGACAGGUUCUACCCCUGGACUGACAAUGUGAAGUACCCAAGCAGCAGUCGAAUGCAGCUUACCUUGGACCAGCGAUACGCUGCAGGCGCAGUGUCGAAAAAAUCAUGGACGUACGGUGAAUGGAGUGUGUGCAUGAAGCUGCCCGCAGGGAACUCUGCCGGCACUGUGACGACGUUCUACAUGAUGUCACCACAGGGAGACGCGCAUUGCGAGUACGACAUGGAGUUCCUGGGAAACAGCACCGGACAGCCCUACUUGCUUCACACCAACGUCUUCGUGGGCGGACAAGGGGGUCGCGAGGAACAAACCUACUUGGGCUUCGACCCCACCGCAGACUUUCACUGCUACAAGAUCCGGUGGAGCAAGGACCUGGUUGCCUUCUUCGUGGACGAUGUCGUGGUCCGGAUCUUCCGCAACCUGGAAGACAAAGUGGCUGGGUUCCAGUACUGCAAGUUCAAGGCCUUGGGGAUGCAUGUCAGCAUCUGGGACGGCAGCUCGUGGGCAACGCAGGGAGGGCGUGUGCCUAUCAAUUGGAACAGCGCCCCCUUCGUCGCGACAUAUGAAAACUUCCAGAUGAGUGGAUGUGAGGUGAACUCGAUUGAUAAGAAUGCACCAGUAGGGUGCCAGAGCCACCCUUCCGCGACUGGGAUCCCAGUGACCCGCGAUCAGGUGCUGCAGAUGCAAGCCAGGAAGGCUUCCAUGAUGAAAUACGAUUACUGCACCGACAAAGCGCGCUACAAAGUCACACCUCCCGAGUGUCCUUUCAACAACGUGUACAUGUGAGAGCAUUGCUGUUUGUCACUCCAAGUGUGCUGCUCCGUAUGUUCCGAUUGAUGGUGCUUGCUCGGAGGUGAUCUGCUCCACUCCCCUGGUCGUGGUGAGACUCGUUGUGUGAUGCCAUUACUUCCCUUGCAUUGCCGCUAUGGAGUGCGGUGAUGAUCGACAACGUCCCCCAUAGGCUCAAAGGAAUUAUAUAUUCUAUGAUCUGGUUUCUUGUCCAAUUUCUCUAAUGUUGAUGUUUCGGAUAAAUAUUGUGCUUUGAAAAAGUCCAUCAGGAUCAAAUAAGUUGUUUGCUACAUAAAACUAAAUCAUGGACUUGCAGAUAAAAAAUGUUAAUCUGCGGUUGUUUGGUUGUUAAGUGAUUUUCCAGUGUUGGAUACAGAGAUAAUUUCAAAUAAACCUGCUUUUCUUUUCUUUCUUUC